CCCUCCAUAAUAAUCCAUCUGCUUUCUUCUCCUCUCACUCCUGGGGGAUCUCGAAUGGGCUCAGCUUCGCGUCAGCAGCCAUCCCAGACGAACCAUGGCGUCGAGCUUACCAUCUCACCGGCGUCUGGCCUGUCAGACGAAGACGACGAGGCCAGGGAGCUCCUGCUGGACGUGGGCGGGCUACUCGCCGGCGGCGGAGCAGCUGGGGCGGCGGCGGCGGGAGGUGCUGCUCCCUGCAAGAUACGGGUGCGGGGGCUGUGCCGGCGCGCGGCGGGUGGCCAGGAGAUCCUGCGCGGCGUCGACCUGGACGUGCCGCGCGGCGCGGUGGUGGGCGUCAUCGGGCCCAGCGGCAGCGGCAAGUCCACGCUGCUCCGCGCGCUCAACCGCCUCUGGGAGCCCGCGCCCGGCGCCGUGCUCCUCGACGGCGCGGACGUCUGCGGCCUCGACGUCCGCGCGCUCCGCCGCAGGGUCGGCAUGCUCUUCCAGCAACCCGCCAUGUUCGACGGGACCGUGGCCUACAACGUGCGCUACGGGCCGAUGCUGCGUGGCAAGAAGCUCACCGAAGCCGAAGUGCAGAACCUGCUGAGCCUGGCCGACCUGGACCCUGCCAUGUCCUCCAAGCCGGCCACCGAGCUGUCCGUCGGCCAGGCGCAGCGCGUCGCCCUGGCACGCACGCUCGCCAACGAACCCGAGGCAUGGGCGCCUACACGCUCCUGCUUAGCUUCUUCCUUCCAUUGCUCACCAUGGCAUCUCAUGCUCUUGCCAUUAUUGCUGCAGGUGCUCCUGUUGGAUGAACCGACGAGCGCGCUGGACCCCAUCUCCACGCAGAACAUCGAGGACACCAUUGUGCGGCUGAAGAAGACGAGGGGGCUCACCACGGUGAUCGUCUCCCACAGCGUGAAGCAGAUCCAGCGCAUCGCGGACCUGUUGUGCCUCCUCGUCGCCGGCGAGGUCGUGGAGGUGCUUCCGCCGUCCGCGCUGUCGGAUGCCAAGCAUCCGAUGGCCCGGCGUUUCCUCGAGCUCAGCUAGCUAAGGAUGAUCGUUCCGAGCAAGUGGAAGAUCGAUAGGAAACAAAUUUGAAUAACAUGUUAUGAAAAACUAGGGUCUUUUUUUUGUCAAAAAAUUUCUUUAAAAAAAUAAUAUAUUGAUGUUCCGGGUAGCAGAGAUGUGCAAUACUAAAUCUUGGUAGGAUAUAUGCUUUGCACUUUGCAGCAAAAGGAAGCAUAUGUUUAUACUGCAAGGAUGUAUUAUGGGAUUAUCCAAGGGUAUGUAAGAACUAUGGAAUAAUUGAUGCUGAUGUUCCAUGUAAAAUAGAUAUUUAAGAUUAAAUCAA